AUGUCAGACAAGUUACCUACUGGACUUCCACGGAGUUAUAUUGAACAGCGAUUGAGAUUUUUGAAUGAUCAGCUGAACAGACAACGGCAGCGUGAAUUACAACUUCGCAGAGAGAAUCAACGACGACUACAGUAUUUACAGCGGGGAGGGGGGAAAAAGAAACUCAUUUCGGAUUAUUACAAAAUUCAACUGGAACGAGGACGUCAAUCACGGAAAUUUAAAGUCAAGGAAAAUGUCUACAAUGUUGCUUUCAAACCUAUUCCAGAGAAAGAAAAUACAACCUUCAUUCGUCGGCUCUUCCGGGAUAUGUUAAAAAAUGUGAAACAGGAAAUGCAGUGCAAUCCCAAUGAUUAUCUACGUUUAAAUAUUCGGCACCCGUCUCUGGAUUCAGCUAUUUGGUACGAAUUUACGCAGUCCAAUCAGCUCAACGAGGACAAAAUUCUGAACAAAAUAGAAUCCGUCCAGCAAUCUAAAAAGGAAUUCCUAAUCACCGACGGGGCAGUGCAGAUGGAUUUUUUCCAUGUCAAAUAUCCACAAGGCAGCGGGUGCACUAAGAAAAAACAUCUACACAUGGAUAAGGAGAAAUUCAAAAACUCCAAGAGAGCGAUCGUUCGCAUUCAAAAUCCUGAGGAUUCUCUCUGCUUGUCCCGGGCUAUUGUGGUAGCACGUCUACACAGCCAGAAAUCAAACGACCCGGCAUGGGAAACGAAAUGGUUACGCAUGAGAAAAGGGGAUUUCAAAACGCUCGACCAGAAACGAGAAGCGAUAGCCUUGAUGGAACAAGCUGGUCAGGAAAACGGUAUUCACAUCCCCAAUUUAUGCGUGGCAGAACGUGUGUGUCAACAUUGCGACAGUGUGGAUAUCGACAAGCCCUGUUCUCAUUGUGAAGGAUUCGGAUCACAACGCCGCUUCCUAUUUCAAGGCCCCGACACGUUAAAACAGUUUAUGGAAUGGCUCUUACAGAGCGAGACCGAUGAGCAAGGCCAUGUGGAACUCAAACACGAUGAAGCCACCAUCAUUGCCCACAAUUUCAAAGGAUACGAUGGGCAGUUUAUUUUGAAUUACCUGGUGCACACGGCGUGUAUCAAACCCACCGUCAUCCUGAACGGGAGUAAAAUCUUAUCCAUGCAAGUCUUGGGGUUGAGAUUCAUCGAUUCUUACAACUUUCUACCCUUUGCUCUUGCCAAGAUGCCCUCUGCUUUCGGAUUAACGGAAUUGAAAAAAGGCUAUUUCCCGCACUUUUUCAACACGACAGAGAACCAGCAGUAUGUGGGUCCUUACCCGGCCGCUCAUUUCUACAAUCCUGACGAUAUGUCCACCGCCAAUCGUGAAGCCUUCUAUACUUGGUACCAUCAACAAGAGGGCAAAGUCUUUGAUUUCCAGAAAGAAUUCUUAGCUUACUGCAUCUCGGACGUGGAUAUUUUACGCCGCUGUUGUGCCCAUUUCAAAUCCACCCUGUUUGAUCUGGUGGAAGUAGACCCCUUUCAAGAAUCCAUCACGUUUGCCAGCACGGCUAAUUUAGCCUACCGACGAGGAUUCAUGGUUGAAAAUACCAUCGCCAUCAUUCCUAAUAUGGGCUACCGGCCAGCACGACGAUAUUCAGCUAAAGCUUGCCGAUGGCUCGCCUGGUUAGAACAUCAACAUCACUGCAUACGACAUGCUAGAAAUGGGGGUGAAGUCACGCUUGGACCCUAUACAGUAGAUGGGUAUGAUGAGGAAUCCCGUAUCGUGUACGAAUUCUAUGGCUGUUACUGGCACGGCUGUCCCACCUGUUACCCGAAUCUGUUGACUGACAUGCAUCCUCAUCGUGUUCAGCAUACGUAUCAAGACCUCUACCUGGACACCUUAAAACGAGCCAGUGCUUUAGAAGACCAAGGCUAUACAGUCGUGAGCAUAUGGGAACACGAGUUUGAUCGUCAGACCCAGACCAAUGCCGACUUACAGGAAUUUUUACAAGGAGUCGAUAUACAAGAUCCUUUGAAUCCCCGUGACGCUUUGUACGGAGGCCGGACCAAUGCUACACGACUGUAUUGUGAGGAGGGUGACAUGCGAUACGUGGAUGUCUGUUCCCUGUACCCGUACGUGUUGAAAUACAAGCCAUUUCCCGUCGACCAUCCCCAAGUCAUCACCAGCCAUUUCACCGAUGUCAGAGACUAUUUCGGGCUCAUUCGUUGUCGUGUCCUCCCACCCCGAGAGCUGUAUCACCCCGUAUUACCUUACAAGACCGGGGGCAAAUUACUCUUUCCCUUAUGCCGCACCUGUGCGGAACAGCGCAACUUAGGACCCGACGAGCGGUGCCAGCACACCGAUUCUGAACGCAGUCUCACGGGCACCUGGGUGACCACCGAACUUCACAAAGCAUUAGAUCUAGGCUAUCGUCUCGACCGCAUUUACGAAGUUUGGCAUUUUGAGAAAACCAGUGACCACUUAUUUCGAGCGUAUAUCAACACCUUUUUGAAAAUUAAACAAGAAGCUUCCGGAUUCCCCGAGGAUUGUCAAACAGCCCAACAGCAGCAACAUUACAUUGAGGAAAUUCAGCAACGAGAAGGCAUUGCCAUGAAUCCGGCCGACAUCCAGAAAAAUCCGGUCCGAAGAACCAUUGCCAAACUCUUUUUAAAUUGCUUGUGGGGAAAAUUUGCUCAACGAUUACAAUUACCCAAAUCCCUGUAUCUCACGGAAGAAGAAGAAUUACAACAGAAAUUACAAGAUGCCACUUUAGAAGUCAAAGGCAUCGAACUCUUAGAAAAUCGUGAACGCCCCGAAUGUGAUAUGAUGCUGAUCAAUUAUCAGGAGAAAGAAGAAUUUUUAGAAGACUGUCCCUUUGGAAACGUGGUGCUGGCGUGUUUUACAACAGCUCAUGCUCGUUUACAAGUCCAUGUCCGCUAUCCGCACUUUAUUCAACGAACCCGCCAACAUGAUGUGCGAACCAUUCCUCUGGUGAAGAAAUACCGCAUGGUGUAUGAUAAACGUCAACGUAUUCAUGACUAUGACACGCUGCCUUACGGGUAUUAA